AUGUCUUUUGAAUCGGUUUCUGAGCGUCUUGCAGUCCUGCAAGAUUCAAAUGCUGAGCUCAGACGCUCUAUAGAACGUCUAGCGACCAUCAACUUCCAACCAGGAUCUGUACCUUUGGACAAUGAGGAAGGCAAUGUCUUGUAUGAGAUGCAAGCGGACAUCCAAGGUCUAAUGAAAGAACAAGAGGAAGAUCUUGAGAACUUGCAGGAGGAUGUGCUUGACUUGAAUCCUGGGAGAGAAGGAAGCGAUUUAGAGAAGCGACGAAGUGUAUUAGAUAGGACUGUCAAGAGAGCCGUUGGCGACUUGCAUAGUUAUCAAGCUGCUUUUCGGAAAGCUCAAUUAACAGCUCGGCGCACAUUGCAAGCUGCCCAGCGCGAAGAAAGACGAUUACUCCUACUAUCAUAUACCGCCGAUGCUUCCCCCACAGAAUCGUUACCAGUACCAAAUCGACGAAGUCAGAAACCUCCGGAUAUCAAGAGUGAAGAUAAAGAGGUCAAUGCUAGUAGUGAUGUUACGGCAGCGUUACGACGAACACAUGAAAUGAUGUCACAAGAACUCUCCAAAUCACAGUUCGCUCAUGAUACUCUAAGAGAGUCGACGGCAGCGUUAGAGAGACUAGGAGAGUCUUACUCGACCUUGGAUACCUUGCUGUCAAGCUCAAAGAAUAUACUGGGGACAUUAUUGAGAAGUCAGAAGAGUGAUACCUGGUACUUAGAAACUUCUUUCUACCUCCUAAUAGCGACGAUUGCGUGGCUGUUAUGGAGAAGAUUACUAUACGGACCUACGUGGUGGCUUGUUUGGUUCCCGAUGAAGAUUUUCUUCAGGAGUUUAACGGGUGUCUUGACAGGUAUUGGGGUUAUUGGAUCGACUUCUAAAGUCGAUACCAGUGUCGCACCCGUUGUGAGCUCAUUACCUGCCUCAUCUAUUGUCACCCACAACAGUGCCACUGGAAAACUAUCGAUGCCAUCUGGAGCGCAGGGACCCCCUAGUAUUAGGGUUGGUGGUGGUGGGAGGGGAGCCCCUAUGAGCGGACCCAAUACCCCUCCGGAACCUAGCCGCCCAUCACUGGAGAGUUAUUCUGAGAAAGUUGGUAAGAUUAUUGAUGAUAGCAACGAAAAAAUCGUCGAAGAAAUUGUCGAAGAAAUUGUAACUGAGGAAGCUGUUGAAGAUGUGACAGCAGAAGAGCACCCAAGAAAUCCAAAGAAACGGAUGUGGGAAGAGGAGAAAGAGGCUGCAGAACUGUCUCAGAGAAAUAAAGAUGAGUUGUAG